AUGUUAUCAAGCAGUCGACGUUCCUUCACCACCUGCCAACCACAGCAUGGCUCAUACGCAGACACUCUGCCGUUCCUCCGAAUCAACAGCAACACCCGAGUAAUCUUUCAGGGCUUCACAGGGAAACAGGCCACAGCGAAUGCUAAGGAUUCUUUAGCAUGGGGGACCAAGAUAGUCGGUGGUGUGACCCCGGGCCGCACCGGAGAACAUAUCGGGCUUCCCGUGCUACCCUCCGUACGCCAGGCCAUGGAGCAACUGAAGCCGGACGCAACCGCCAUCUAUGUUGCCGCUCACCAGGCUCCGGGGGCUAUCGAAGAGGCCAUCGAAGCCGAGGUGCCCCUUAUAGUAGCUGUCGCUGAGCACAUUCCAGUUCAUGACAUGCUCAGGAUCCAUUCCAUACUCAAGACUCAGUCCAAGUCUAGACUUGUCGGUCCUAACUCUCCCGGCAUCAUUUCGGCUGUAGGGAAAUGUCGUAUAGGGUUCCAACCAUUGCCAUGCUUUUCGCCUGGACGGGUGGGCAUUGUAGCCAAAUCAGGCACUCUGAGUUACGAAACCGUGGCGUCAACAACCAGGGCGGGAUUGGGUCAAAGCCUGUGCAUAGGUGUAGGCGGUGACAUGGCACCCGGGACGGACAUGGUAGAAGCGUUGAGUGUCCUUGAGAAAGACCCAGACACUGAAGCCAUUGCUUUGAUUGGCGAGAUCGGAGGAACGGGAGAGCUUGAGGCUGCAGCUUGGAUCAAAGAGUACUACUCUCGCAGUGAAUCCCCCAAGCCAAUUGUUGGUCUUAUAGCCGGCGUAAAUGAGGCACCGGGCCACAUCAUGGGACACGCUGGUGCUUUUACGUUCCUUGGGGAACCUACUGCCAAGGCGAAGAUCACAGAACUCGAGGAAGCUGGUGUGACCCUGGUGAAUCACCCUGCAAAGAUAGGCGACAUCCUCAAGGCAAAGCUGCAAGGCACGGGUGGGCUGGGCACGACGACCGGAUCUAAUCCUUUCGCAAGCGGCACCCAAAGGCGUCAGCUUCACUCCAUGAGAGGGCUUGGAUGGCGUCCCCUCGUAGCCGGUCCAUUCGUCCACAAAAAGCCCCAGCAUCAACAGCGACGGAGCAUCUAUCUCGAGGCGAACCAGUGCUUUGAUGAGCUCCGCGCCCGCGGCGGGAUCAACUGCGGCCCCUAUUCCGGCCACGGCACCCGUCGUCUUCUAGCGGUCGGCAUCGAUCGCUCAGCACGGUCCCCGGCCAUCCUGGUCGCCCCUUCUAUCGAAGACUGGAUAGAAGAGGCCCAGCGUACCACCGCACCGGUCAAGAGCUUCCCGUUCGACUACCGCCGGGGACCCGACGGCCUAGUCAUCGAGAGAAUAGCGAGCCACCUCCAGCUGAGCAACAAGGGAGACAGCGCGGUCGACUCGCUCCGCCGGCUCAUCAAGACCUUGACGAAUCUCUUCUACGAAAAGGAGGGACUCCUCCUGACGACGCACCUCGUCGAGCGACUCGGAGAGAUUAAGGUCGUCCACGCCCGCUUCGCCUUCGACCAGGCCAGCUUCCGCAACGGCACACCCCCGGACAAGAUCAAGGCCAUGCAUGUGCGCGCGACUGACGAUCCGGCCGAGAUCGAGGCCGAGCGGAGCGGCAUCGUGUACGUCAAGCUACCCGGAGAGGACGUGACCAUCGGGACGUUGGUGAACGGGGCCGGACUGGCCAUGAACACGGUCGACGCUCUGGCGGACGCGGGCGGGAAGGCGGCCAACUUUUUGGACACGGGCGGCAAGGCGACGAGCGAGACAGUGAAAGAGAGCUUCAGGACCAUCUUGCAGGACCCAAGGGUCAAGGUGGUGUUUGUGAAUAUUUUCGGAGGAUUGACGCUGGGUGAUAUGAUUGCCCGCGGCAUCAUUAUGGCUUUCAAGGAGCUGUCGCUUACGGUUCCGGUUGUGGUGAGGAUCAGGGGUACGAAUGAGGAGGAAGGGCAGAAGAUCAUUGCGGAUAGUGGGCUGCCGCUUUAUGCGUUUGAUGAUUUUGAGGAGGCGGCAGCUAAGGCUAUUGAGCUGUCUCGUAAGUAG